AUGGAAGCUCCUUUAUCGGUUAUUCCCUUAAAUGGUGCAUCGGCCGGGAAUAUCGCGGCAAACCGCGAGUCGCUGAGACUUAGGAUUCGGCAUGAAGAGCAAGAAAGCGACAACGAAGACGACGUUGAAGUGAGGAUCGAGGAGGAAUGGAUCAAUCCUGAGGAAGAACAGGAGAUCCGUUCCCAAGAGCAUGGAGAGGCUCCUGAAGAAGAAGAACACGAAGCCCGGGACGUCGCGCAGGCAGCUGGAGAUCAACCGAUCCAUCAAGCACGUGACGAAGUAGCCUAG